AUGUCGCGCGAACACACAGCCAACAGUUUCGCGUCGUUCGGGUCCGAUUUCGAUCCAGAGCACGAAGCCAUUGCAUCCACCAGAGAGCUCGACGACGAGAGCCCGCGACUCCCCAAGAUGAAAGAGGCGUCCAGGAAGCGCCAGCCAUACGAGCAGGAAGAGGAGCCCGAUUAUGUCUUCAAUACCUCUACAUUCGAACAAUACCUCCCUCAUUUCUCGCCGAUUGGAACAUCCGAAGAAGAAGACGCAGAUAUCGACGAGGACAUUUCCAUUGAAGCCGGCCGUGGCCCCUCGAACCCUCCGCGCAGAUUAGACGAUUCCCGCAACUCCUACAUGAGCAUGGAGAACAGUGUCCGCUCCUCGUCCCCCGCUGUUCGACUUGACGUCCCCACACCUCAGAAGUCGGCUUUGCGCCAGGCACCCAGACGAGCCGUGAGCGAGAAUCUCCGGAAAGACGCACAAUUGAGACAAGCGACUCUCGCUCACAAGGAAAACAUUGAUCCCAACCCGUCCAAAUCGAAUCGCAAAGAGCGUCGCACUCUGUCCGAGAUUCACGCCAAGGUCCGCGAUGAUUAUGAUGGUUCAUUUAUUGAAGAUGAAAGACCGCCAGUUGUAUCAAGUAACACGGCGCGUCCCACGCGCUUCUCAAAUGCAAACCUCUCAAACCAGAUUGCCGAUGCCGUCGAAAAGGCGUCUCAAGAAGCAUACGUGAAGGAGAUCCGUCGCGCGAAGGCUCGUGCUGCUGCCGCAGGCGAUACGGGUACACAGCAGUCUUUCCUUCUCCCGGAUCUGCCCAAUCUCUCCGAUCUCGUGUCGGGCGUGUAUGAAGACGGGACACCAGUCUACACCCGCCAGCCGAAAACAAGGACGACGCGAUUUGUUUCCCCGCCAGCUGAUGCCAUGGAUGUUUCUCUAAGCCGCGAACACAUUCCUCUCGACGCUAUUCCAAUUCCGGAGGAUGAAAAAGCUUUGUUCGUCUCCUUACGUCUUCUUCAAGACAAGGUCUCGGAGCUCGAACGAGGCAAGGUUGAGGCGGAGAAGAGGUUGGAAGAUCUGCGACAGGAGAACCAUUUUUUGAAGGGCAAGUCAAGUCAGAGAGAAAAGGGCAGCCGCAGCAGCAAGCGUUAUGACCUUGACCAGAACGAUCACAAAAAGGAUCGUCUUCAGAACGAGAUCGAAAAAUUGGAAGCAAAGAACUUGGCGCUUCAGAACAAGGUCGACCUUCUCGAGCGCAAGAACGACAUUCAGGAGGCUGCAUUAAAGAAGCUAAGCAAAGAACGCGAUAUGGCGGUCUCUCAACUUGGCGUUGCCUACCUGGAGACCCAGGACCUGAAGAAUGAGAAUGAGAGUUUAAGAGAGGAGCUUCUGAACUGGAAGACCCAAUUUGCGAAACUGUACCCAGCUUCAAAACAGCGAGAAGACACCGGCGAAUCGGAGCAGAUCACAGCAAGCGAUGUCAGUACCGAGGACAGUCAAACCGACACUCAGCGCAGCGCCACAAAAGAGACCACAGCUAAGAGCUCGCGCUCAAAGUCCAAGUCGGGUCGCAAGGAGGAAUCGAAAUCACGCGUAUCCUCUCAAGUUGACAGGGAGAUCUCUCGUUUAGAGAAGGAGCGUGCGGAAGAGGCACUCUUCUCAAUCGAGCUGCCUCGUGUACGAGAGUCAUCAAGGAAGGAGAAGUCUAGUAGGUGUCGAACGUCAAGUGCUCAGAUCAAGAAGCCUGGGAAGCGUGUCAAGAGAGUUGUGGUUGAGGAAGUCGAGGUUACCGAGCCAGUUGACUCGACUGCAGAGGCAACCGGUCAUACUCGCAAAUCGUCCAGUGCGGAGCAAGACUUGACGCUGUUGAGUUUCAUUGACGAACGUGAGAUUGCCCAGCUGCGCAAGACACUGGAGGAAGAGCGACUUGCCCGGAAGCGCCGCCAGUCAAACCCAGCUGCGGAUAAUGCAGGCGAAACAGACAACCUCACCCGCCAGAGCACACUAAAGCCCGCUCUCCGCAAAUCCUCCCUCAAAGAGAGCAAGGUUACUAUCCCUCGACCUACUUCUGCUCUAGGUGAUUUGACCACCGCCUCCAAAGCCAGUGCUACGGAAGGCGAGAGCCAGCUAUCUGUUCCUGUUGAGCGCCCCCGUAGGCACUCAGAGCACUCAGUGACCGCUAUCACUCCUCGUCGCCGUCGCCGAAUUGCCGAGGAGAUGACGUCUGCGUUUAUCCUCCCAGAUAUUACUCUCCGCCACACCGACCUGGCUGAAAACCUUAAGAAGCUUCCGGAGACGACUCAACGCGCGCUGGACCGUGCUACCAAACACAAUGGCAAGAACUGCACGGUGUGCAAGAAGUCUAUGCUUGGAGACGAGUGUGACCACACCCAAGAGGCAGUCAAAGUCCCGAAGCCCAUUCCGGUCUCUGAGCGGAUGCCUGAGCCAUCUAUUUACAACGAAGAUCCCACUUUGCGUCCCGCGCAAGCGCCCGCCGUUGCCCUGGCUACUGUUCUGAAGGCCCUGGAAGAUGAGCUGUCGCAUCUGAAGAUGCAGCUUGUCACUUACCAAGGCGCAUAUAACAAGCUGGAUGCCUCACUCAGCAAGCGGCAGCGGAAAUCACUUGGCGAGAAGAUUGAGAAGUUGCUCAAGGAUAUUGAUAUGAAGGCCGACCAGAUCUACGCUCUUUAUGACGUUCUCGAGGGCCAAAGGCAGCGUGGACAAGAGAUGACAGAGCAGGAGAUGGAAGUCACCCUUCAGUCCAUUGGCAUCGACACGAACGCCGGCAAGUUGGGCGAGGUGACAGGCACGACUGACAAGUCUUCUCGUAAGGAUGGAACCGAUUACGAUGUAGACGAGGACUCGGAGCUGCCGUGGGAGGGCAUCGAGAGCACAAUGGAGAUGACGGGAGGAAGUCGGCAUAAUUAG